AUGCCACCAUCCCUCCGUAAGGCCUGCCAUGCCUGCACAACCGCAAAACGUCGUUGCGUGCCUCAACUACCACGGUGCUCACGUUGUGCCGAAAGAGGUCUAUCUUGCACCUACGACUUGGAACCUGUGACAAAUCUCGAGACGAAGGGCUCUCGUCAGCCGCAUCCUACGACGCAAAGCGCUUGCCAGCCUGUACCUCCGGUCAUCUUCGAUUCGGUCGCUUCGGCUCACGAAGCCGCCGUGCGGUCGUACACAUCCGAGGGCCACGAAACGCUGCCGGUAAUGGCAAACUCGGAUACCGUCUUGUUGGUUGUAGAGCGCCACCUAACGUCUAUACCCUUGCUCACAUUUCAGCAAAGAAGCACUCCGUACAUUCACUGUCAGGUGCUGUUGGCUAGCAAGGGGACGUCUGCAGAUCUGAUCCUUCCAGAGAUCGAUAGGUCUGGGCCGAAAUCUGGCCUUAGUACCGCCUUCCUCCAGACAACGCAACAGCACCUAUUGUCGCUGGAGAUCGAACAGCUAACGUUCACCGAGUUCCUGUCCGCCUUCCAUGAGCUGGCGGCCAUUCUGCUCUCAUUGAUCCUGAAGUUCGACCGAUCCUCGCGCAAGGCCCAACUGCCACAGAUUGUGCUUGAUCUCUGGAAAACAUGGACCCGGCAUUUGCACAUGACACUCCCACGAACUCUCAGCAGCAAACUCUCGGCAUGGCAUGCUUGGUGUACUGCUGAAAGCGCCCGCAGAACCCUUCUAUAUAUCAUUCUUAUUGACGGAAUGGUGGAAGUGGCCCAGAAGGGAUACUGCCACUACCGUCCCCUGGUAGAGUCGCUACCUUUCGAUGCAAGGACCGGCCUCUGGGAGGCAGACACUGAAGAAGAAUGGCAAGCUGCCGUGGCCGUCCACGGCGGUCUAGAGUCUAAAUUGAUCUCAUGGGCCGAGUUCAUUGGAAUUGGAGGCCCAGAGCCGCGUAGGGAGUAUGACGGAAUGCUUCAGCGGAUGCUUCUCAUAAUCCAAUUUGGCAGGGCCGCCGCCGACCUCCAGUAA